AUGGCUCGACCCCACCAAACACCAAGUGGCUUUGAAAAAGAGGGACGGCACUGCUUCUUAGCAGACAGUUUUUCUGGAGGAGCGAUUGGAAGAAUGUCAGAUCAACAGUGUGCCACUGAGAAGCUGGCUGCCGGAAAGAGCCGAGGUGGAUCUGGACCUAUUUACAAGGUGGUGCUGUUUGAAUUUGAGAACUUUCAGGGAAGCAAAGCUGAGUUCUCAGCAGAAUGUAAAGAUGUACUAGAGAAAGGUCUGCAGAAGGUUGGCUCGGUGAUAGUGGAAUCCGGACCUUGGGUGGGCUAUGAUCGGCGUGGCCUCUCGGGGGAACAGUUUAUUCUUGAGAAAGGCCAGUACCCUCGCUGGGAUACGUGGACCAACAGUCAGAACAGCUACACCCUUUUGUCUCUAAGGCCACUCAAGGUGGACAGCGCUGACCAUAAGAUACACUUGUUCGAGAACCCCGGAUUCACCGGUAGGAAGAUGGAGAUUAUUGAUGACGACGUCCCCAGUUUGUGGGUCCACGGUUUUCAGGAUCGUGUAGCAAGUGUCAAAGCUCUCAAUGGAACAUGGGUUGCUUACAUGUACCCAGGCUACAGAGGGCGCCAGUUUAUUUUGGAGCGAGGGGAUUUCAAGCACUGGAAUGAUUGGGAGGCCCCUAUACCCCAGAUUCAAUCUAUCCGACGUGUUCGGGACAUGCAAUGGCACAAGAGGGGCUGCUUUUCUGCUUCAGACCCGCCUCCGGCACCAGCUCCAGCACCAGCUCCGGCUCCAGCUCCGGCUCCAGCACCGGGUCCAGCGCCGGCUCCAGCUCCUGCACCAGCUCCUGGUCCAGACCCAGAUCCUGCUCCAGCACCCGCUGUUCCUUCAGCCAAAGGUGGGGUCAGUUGAGAAGGAUUCUAACCGGCUUCCCACCCCAAACUCCACACAUAGCCUACCCUCUGACUUCACUAAUUAUAACAGAUGCUGCUUGUGCCCACAGAGUGCCAUAUGUUUCAGUGGCCAAUAAAAGUUAUAUCACUUGGAAUUGGUGUUUUUUUUGUUUUGUUUUGUGGUUUCAAUGUUGGUCUUGUCAAGUUUAGGUGACAAAAAUGUGGAAAAUCUCAAAGGAGUAUGAGUCAAAUAUUUUACUGUAUGUGAAACUAUUGCAGUCCACUUUAUUGUAUUUUGUUAAUGUGUAAUUAGCAUCCAUUAUAGAUCAUGGAAACUGUCAAACUGUAUUUAAACUUGCUAUUAAAGCAUGGUGCACCACAUUCCCCUCUAUAGUCCUCAUUGUCCAAUCGAUUAUUCACUUAAAAAUAUUGUACCUCUCAUAAGCCAGUCAUUAAAAUGUCAAUUUAUGCACAAAGAACCCACAUGCAAACUCAAAAUAUGUGAUGAUAUCCUGUGAUGAAAUUCACACCGCUACUUUCUCUGCAUGUCGUGCAAUGCUGCCCUCUGCAGUGCAUUUCCUUCAUUAUGUUACUCAGCGCCUAAAUUGAGUUUUCACAUCAAUAAAGGACAUGCCACAGCACAGCAAUGGUAUAAUAUAAUAUAAACAACUUAUAACCUUGCUAAUGAAGAUUUGUGCUGGUUAUUAAUGAUUCUCUUAUUUUUUUGCUUAGUCGUGUAUUUUGUAAAGUACUUUUGUACAACUGUGGCUGUUGAGAACUAUAGAAAUAAA